UGGGGAGCUGCCAGUGAGCAGACCGGAGCCCCACGCCCUCCCGCCCGGCCUCCGCCCUGCAGGGGGAGGCCCGUGUGGUCCCCUCAGCUGUCCCAUUCCCUCUCCAGCCUCGGUGGCCUCAGCCCUUGGGCUCCGUCUGCUCCAGGCUGGGCAGGCGCCUGGAACCCCACCACGCUGGCCCAGGGCUGCCUCUCUGUCGUCCACUGUCCGGAGGGCAAGAAGGCCCCGGCCCCAGCUGCCGUAAUGGAAACUUCCUGGCCGGGCUGUGAGUGGUGACGGCUCGGGUUCCGCCCUGAGGAGGCUCCGUCUUCAGCGACCCAGGGCCAGGCAGCCGGGCCGUCCCGAAAGACAGGCCAAGCCACAGGAGCCAGCACCAUGCUCCAGUAAAUGAGGACCACAGCUCGAACCCUGAGCCCUGACUCCAGCCCAGAAGCCCUGCGUGGGACCAGGAAGGAUGAGGAGGCCGCAGGGCGCUGGGCACAGCCCCAGGCAGAGGUGGGGAAGACUGUCCAAGACCAUGGCUCGUGGUGCGGGCUCCGGGCUCCAGGGUGCACAGGCAAGGUUAGAGGGCUCCGGGCCUCACCCUGCAGCCAGGGCACGGUGCAGUGGGGGCCUGAGCCCCGCGCCCUGCGCGACCUUCUGCCGAGUCAGGCAGGAGCAGCGUUCGAGGCCAGCCAAGGACAGCAGGAGGGAGACAGGAAACACCCCCCAUCCAUCCUGAGACGGAGCUGGCCAGAGCGUAGGCCCCAUGAGGCUGAGCCACCAAGGACCUCAAGACAUGUGCGGUUCCGGGAGCCCUUGGAGGUGGCCGUUCACUACAUCGCCUGCAGGGAGCCCCCAGCGGCAGUCAGUGGUGGGCCACGGUGCCUGGUGCCCCAGAGAUGUCCCCUGCUUCUGCGGCUGGCUCUGUGCAUCCUGCUCGGGGUGGCGGUGGGCCUGUGCUGCAGCCGGGCCAAGUCUGUCACUGAGGCCCUGGAGGACCUCCGGGCCCAGGUCCUGGUCCUUGUCCUGCGCCUCUGGCACAUGGCCCUGAGCUGCUGGCGCUGUCUCCUGCGGUUCUGACCAUGGCCAGCAGUGGGGUCAUUAUGGGAUGGCCUAGCAGGUAAGGCUACAGGGCGCCCCAGUCUCAGGCUCUGGAGCUGACCAGGAGACAGCCCUGCUGGGUGGCACUUGGCAUAACUAGAGGACUCUGCAGGGCUGCUGUGGGGACACGCAGUGGGCACCCUGCUCCUCUCAGCACAGCCCUCCUGUUCCUGCGUGUCAGGCGCCAGGGAGGCAGCUGGGAAAGGACCAGAGUCUGCCACCCGCCUUGCCCAGCCUCUGCCUGGGGGAAGCUGUAUGUCACCAAGUGAGCCCCACAUCUGCUGGGACCCACCACUGUCAUCCUGAGGGCUGCACCCCAUGAGCAGAAGGCCAUGUGUGUGGGGUGCCCUCACUAGGAGUCCACUGUGGGGCACCAUCCUCCUAGCCAGCCAUCCCUGCCAUGCCCCCAGGACCCCAACAGACAGAGGCAAAUGAGGCUCAGUCAGACACAAGAGGGACAGAAGGGGGCGCCACCUGGGGCAUGGCUGGGCAUCUGCACUGCAGCCUCUGACCUUGGCCUCCAUCCUGGCACUAGUGCAGGAGGGGCACUUUCCCUUCCAGCACCGUGGCAGCCUCUGGGCUGGGGUUCAGGGGAAGCAGCAGGCAGCCCAGCUGGAAAGGCCCUCAACGGCCAGCGGCCUGCUGCAUCCCCAGGCUGCAUCCCCCAGCGAGUUCCCCUCGCCCCUCACUCCCCUUGCCCUGCUCUGGGUCUCACCCUUACCUGGCCUCAGGGACCCUAGGGUCUCCUCCAGAUUCACAGUCCGGGGGCCCAGAGUAGGGGAGCACCAUGGAGGGGACCACAACAGAGAAUGGGCACCUCCGGCAUCAGCUGUCACCAUGGUGACUGCCUCCUGCCCAGGCCAGCCCCACAGGAUUGACCUCACUAACCACAGCUGGGGUGAGCAGGCCGCCGCUGCCUCAAAUUCUCAAGGCUCUGAGAGGGAAGUUUCAACCCUCUCUGGGCCUAGGAUGCUGCCCUGCCACCCCUCCCAGGAGGGUGCUCCUCCUGCUCUGCACCGGGCCCAGCGCGGGCCUCUCCACUGCGGGGCACACAGGUCCACGUCCAGCCACUUCUCACUAAGCACUGCCUGAAGACAUCACCCCGGAGUCACCCAGCGUCCACACCUGGAGAUCCCAGCCCUAGAAACUCGGACGCCAAGCCACAGCCUCACAGUGAACCCUUCCUAGAAGCCGCCGAAGAGCUGGAACAAACCCCAGAGGGACGCAGCCCUACAGGCGGCUGGGGCUGGGCGCACAGGAACAAACUCCACAUUCCAGAGACGCUGGAGCUCGGAGUUUUAUUUUGACUGAGAGAAAUAGAUACAUGGAAACUUGAGAA